AUGCAUUUCAUCUUCAAGGACAACGUCGCGUCGCUGUGGCGAGAUCUCUCCCGACAUCAGGACCUCAGGACGGACGCGAUUUUGACGUCCGUGUCCGCGAAGUCGCCGACGGCAUUUUCUCAUCCGUUAACGCCAGGUCGUCAAAAUAGCAUCUACAAGCAGAACCAACGCUCUUCCAAGGGCACAAUGCUCCUUGUAGAACAGCCGCAAACGGCUGCAACGUUUGUACCCCAGUACUCUCUGACUCAACAACCGUUCUCGUGCGACUUUCUCGACGUCGAAGCCGACCUGGCGAAUUUCGUCAGCGAGGAAGAUCUUAGAAUCAGUCACAGCGCUCUUGAGCUUCUCUCGACCGAGAGUGCUCUGUUCGACAUGUUCCAAGAACCUUCGAACACCAGCCAGGUGUCCUCCAUCCCGGCGACCGACGCGCCCAUGGCUCCUUUGACGUUGACGAAUUCCGACUCGAAGUCCCAUAUGGACAUCCAGCUCCCGAGCUUUGAUGAGACCUACUCUCCAAGGUUCAGGAGGGAUUGCCCGGAUGGGUCUGACUUUUCUUUCAAAUUCGAGGAAUUGAUCGCGACAAGUCCGGAUAUGCCCAGCUCGAGCGGGAGCCUGCCCACCGAUCUCGGCUCAAGCUCUGGUUUCACAAGACCGCGUCAAUCAGUUCCCGGAUACAGUUCGGACAACACGUCGUUCAGUUCGUGCUCCAGUAAGGCUUCGUACAGCGGCGACACUACACCUCCUCCGGCCAUGACUCCUCCUUGCGCCAUGGCUAGUCCGACCUGCUCGAGGAGAUCGUCGCUCGCAUCUUCGACUGCCUCAAUGAGUUCUCCGCUGCGGGAAACCGCGACACCGUCACGCAGGGCGUCGACCCCGAGUCCCGCGUCAUCGAUCUCAGGACCCAUUGUGCAGCAGAAGAAAAAGUCCGCGGGAUCUCUCCCGUGCGCCGUCUGUGGAGACAAUGCCCUCUGUCAGCACUACGGAGUUCGAACGUGCGAAGGCUGCAAAGGCUUCUUCAAGAGGACAGUUCAGAGGAAGCAGAAAUACGCCUGCAUGACCGACAAGAAAUGCACGAUCGACAAAGAAAAGAGGAACCGAUGUCAGUAUUGUCGGUACGAGAAGUGUCUUGCCGUGGGAAUGGAUCCGGAAUUCGUCCGGACGGAUGAUCUCAAGGGUCGUCGCGGACGUCUUCCGUCAAAACCCAAACUGCAGAGCCAUGGCUCUCAAUUGAACAUCUCGACCGUGAGUCCCACGAUUUCGGCGCCGUCUCCGCCUCCGACAAAUCUCAUUGGCCAGCUCGUCCACGCUCAUCAGAUCUCUUCGCCUGAAAUGAGCAACCGGGACUUCACCAGGUUCCAGGAACUGAAACACAACACCGAACACGUCCCGCGAACCCCCCAGGAGGUUCAAGAGUUUUAUGAGCUGCUGACGUCUUCAAUCGUAGUGAUUCGCAAAUUCGUCGACGCUAUCCCCGGCUUUCGGGAGCUUCUGCCUGAAGAUCGCGAGCUUUUGUUCACUACAGCGAGUUUGGGGCUUUUCGCUCUGCGCGUUGCUUAUCGUAUGAUGCAUAGCAACCACACGGAGAUCACACUGUGCAACAGUGUUGUUCUCCAUAGGUCGCAAGCACAGAGAGGUUUCGGUGAAUGGCUGGACAGAAUUAGCGUCCUGUCCAAGAGUCUUGAGAACUUUGCCAUCGACGAAUCCAUUCUGGCUUGUCUUGCAGCGCUGUUCGUCCUUGACGCACGGGCCGGCGUCAAAGAACCCGCGAAAGUGGAACGCCUGGCCGAGGCCGUGACUAACGCGCUGCGUGAACAUGUGAGCUAUAUUCCGCAGGGGCAGCAACGAAUGCACUACUUCUCGAGCCUGUUGGCAAAAAUUCCAACUGAUCUGCGCAGUAUCUCCGUGCAGGGCCUCCGAGGGAUUUUCUACCUGAUGCAUGAGGAAGUGGUGCCUGCCCCACCGCUUUUGGAAAGUCUGUUCGAGCCAGACCUGCCCUACUGAUGUCGCUGCAGACUCUCAUUUUGAAAAUGGGAACUACCUGGUUCUCCUUCUUGCUGCUGCGGUCGCCGGAGUAUCCGGCGUUAACUCCGCAGAGCAAUCGGAACAUGCAUCUAGUUUUGAAUAUGUCGUCAGGUUUGACCGCCUGACCACUGAAGUAUUCGAAACCCAUGUCCCGGGCCGCGCAAUGCGCAUUCGACUCGGGGAAUCCGCGCGGCCUGAACGCAUUGAGCUCGUCUCUGUUAGUCUGUAAGACGUCGUUGAAGGUUUCGAUCCCGAUUUGGAGGCGCAAGCGUCCUCCGGUUCAAGCCACCGAACCCGAACCCCAAGAAACUCUUCAUAAACCGACGC